AUGGUUUCCCCAGAGGGUGAUGGAAGAGUCCCUACGCACAGCAAAGAGGGGCUCAGUGAAAAGGACCUGCCCCCCUCUCCAGUCCUGCCCCCUCGGAGGAGCCGAAGAAAAUGCAGGAAGUGUAGCAUCUGUCCCCAGGAUGAGGAGGAGCCACACUUUUCCUUGAGGCUUGGUCAGAGACCGUCUGGCGACUGCCAGCCUGUGCAAGACCCUCCGGAAAGAGCUUCUCCAGAGGCCUUUGCUGGUCCCCAAAGGCUUCUUUCUUCCAAGAACACUGGGCCUGAAGAGCCCGCUGGAAGUUGGGCGGAAUGUGCUCUAGAAUCUGAGGUUGAAAAUAUGUUCUUUGCCAAGGACGUGCUUCCGCCAGACAGCCUCGACCACCUUUUUGAAUUCCCAGGGCUCUUUGGAGGUGAGCCCCUUAGUCUGGUCACACAGGAUCCUCCCCAGAGUCCAGCACUGUACCCAGAGGUGCUGACUGGGGAUUCUACAGAGCAGCAGGAAGCGCAGUCCGGGUUUGUGGUUGGCAGCCCUGGCACUCCACCUCACCCGGAGGGGCCAGAGGACAAGGCCCAGCCAGGGUCCAGGAUGGAGUUGGGGCAAGGACUUGUUACUCCAGCUGAUUUCUGUGCCAGCUCCCUGGAGCCCUUGGGUGGGCUCGAUGGUGCAUCCCAGGAGCAGAGAAGACCCAAGCACGUGAAUAAACGGCCUUGGGGAAGUCCAGACAACUCAAGCCAGGAUCACCCAGAGGAAGCCAGGAAAAAUGAUUGCCCCAGACCGGAGGAGGUGCGAGUGUCCUGCGGGGUGAAGUCCGUGUACUAUGUAGGUGCUUCUUCUUCAGUGCUGUCCUUCACCCUGUUUGGCUUUGGGAUGUGGGUCUGCUCUGGGUCAGGGAUCAAGCUUCUGGGAGCCGUCAGCAGCAGGCAGCCAGGACAAACUGAACCUAUGGAGGAGUUGGAGGCCAGCUCAGCCAGGAGGAAGAGAAAGCCCAUGACUGCUCACCCGGCCUGUUGUCAGAGUGACCCUUCAGAAACCGAGAAUGUGCAGCCUCUUCAGCAGAGGGCAGAGGACCCAGGUGAGCGGGAGAUUAUGCCUCUGGAUGUUGGAGUGCGAUUGGCUGUGGUCCGUGCCAUGCAGGAGGUACUGUGGACUCGUGGGGAGCGUUCCUGCUCAGGGCUUGCUUGUCCCCACAGCACCCAGGAGCUUCCCAACCUGGCGUUGAGGGAAGACGAGGUGGAGGGCAUUGCAGAAGGCAUUGAGGCGGCCCUCUUCCACCUGACCCAGGACACCAACCUCCGCUACAAGAGCAAGUACCGUAACCUGCUCUUCAACCUGCGGGAUCCCCGAAAUGACCUGUUUCUCAAAGUGGCUCACUGUGAUGUCACCCCUAAGGACCUGGUACAGAUGAGCUCAAUCCAGCUGGCCCCGAAGGAGCUGUCCCGCUGGCGGGACCAGGAGAAGAGAAGGAGCCUGGAUAUCAUUGAGCAACAACAGAAGGAACCGUACAGGCUUCCCGCCUCCAAACUGACUCACAAGGGCGAGGUAGAGAUCCCGCGGGACUCGGACCAGAUGCUGACCUUGGAAGACCUGAUGGAACCCAUGGUGCCCAGAGAGUGCAGCCUACAGGCCCUGACGACCCCCCUGGAGGACACCGCAGAUUGGCAUCAGCACCACCACUGUGACUCCAGCUGCCCGAUCUGCACGGGUGGGGGAGGCAGGAAGGCUGACAGUGGGAGCCAGCCAGAGCUACAAGCUGGUAUCAGCCACAAACGGGAGUGCCUGUGCCACAGGUCACCUUGGAAUGAAGACAGCGCAAGACUUGGUUCCAAGGCAGGCGGUGGGCUGGCUUCUCCCUCUGUAUACACAUUUCAAUUCUUGCCUCUGUUCUUUGCAGAUCAGAAAUCCUCAACUACACUGCCAGCCUUCUCCCCGGCCGCCAUGAACGGGGAGGAAAACGCCAUGCAGAAAGCCCCAAGUCCAGCUCCUGUGUCCUCUCCAGAGAUGCUCAAAGUUGGGAAGAUACCCCCUAAGGAACCACAAGACAGGCUCCAGAUGCCUGCUGGGCCCAAACCUGUCCCGCCCAGCCCUCCGCCCUGGGAGGGUUCACUGGACAUGUUCUCCAUCAAGCACUUCCGGACCAAGGCGCAGCUGAUCUCCGGGCACAGCUGUCAGCUUGUCCAGGGUCUGCCGGAGGUCAUUCGCUCAGCAGGCCGCCUCCCUCCAAACCACAUCUGGGAUCUUCUAGACAGUAUGGGCCCAUCCAGGGCAAAGGACAUCUGUGUGAUCAGAUUGUGUCCCCACGGGUCUCGGGACAUCCAGAACUACCGUCUGCUCUACUCCUACCUCAACGACAAGCAGUGCCACUGCCUGGCGACCGUGCAUCAUGUGAAAAUGGUCCUGCUGCCCUUGCCUGCCUUUGAGCCUCUGCCAGCCAGGCUGCGCCCUCUGGGGGGCCCAGGUCUUGAAACUGCUCACACGAGCCUGUUACUGGCUGUGCUGUUCCCAAAGGAUGAGCUUCCAGACACAGCUCUGUCCAGCCCCGUGUGGAGCAAGGCUCCAAAGACCGUGUCUUUCAGCAAAAAGGUGGAAAGGAUCCGAUACUCAUCAGAGGACAGGAGGUCAGAGGCCACCCCGAGAGGACCAUCUCCCCACGAGGAGGAGCCAAAGCAGAGCUUGGCCCAGGGCAACCUGGCUCCAAGGAGUGUGUGUGCUCCACAGAGCCUCUCCAGAGGCAGGGGAAGUGAGCCUGGGUGGGGACAGUGGUCCUCAGAAGCAGGCUGGCACUACUGCCAGCAUCCCAAUCCAGCAGGACCCACGUUCCCUGGCAUCAGCCGUGGACAGCACCUCCACAGGGCCUCCUGUUUCCAUCAUGACCUACACCAGCACCUCAAGGUCUUAGUGACCAUGAGUCACCAGUUCCAGGCCUCACUGAGGCCCCAAGGCCAGGAUUCCUGCCUCCCGUCUACCGUAGUAUCUGUAGUUCCAGAUCCCCCUGGGUCUUCUUCAGGCCCUUUGGAUGGAGGUGGCUCUGGCUGUCCCCUGCCAGAGGGGCCUGACCCUUUAGAGCUUCCAGAAUAGGAGUGUUGAAUCCUUUCCCAAUGCUGAACCCCAGGAACGACAAGUGAGCUCUCCCACACCUGCCCAGUUUGUGUCUGUUCUGCAGUCUGUUUGAUGUUGAUUUUUGGUUCAAUAAAAACU